AUGAGUUUCAACGAUGAUGCGAUGAUGACGACUGGCCAUGGUUGCAGCGGCGGCGGUGGCGGCGACGGCGGGUGUAACAGAGGGGCGGUCGCGAGGCGCUUGUACGUAAAAGGUGCCCGGUGCUUCCUCUCCACAUUCGGCCAUCCACUACCCAAACCAUCCACUACGGCCAUGAUGGCACCGAUCACCACCACCCCCUCCUCCUCGUUGCUCCUUACCAUUCUUGCCUUAUUUUCCCUCAUAGCAGGUUCAUCCGCUGGUCCAUGUAUUUUCCGCGAAGGACCACAUCAAGUAAUCUAUGGGAUACGAAAUGGUAUUGUACAUUUUCGUAUAAUAAUUCGAGGAGUACCACAAAUGGCAUCAGGAUGGACGGGUAUCGGAUUUGGAAAUGGAAUGACUGAUGGUCUCGAUACGAUCAUCGUUCGACUUUCCAAUGGCCGUAUAAGCGUUACGGAUGAGUACGUCCGAGGUUAUACCUCCUCCUCACCAGACAGGAUCAAUAAUGUGGUGGUGCACAGUAGCAAACUGAACAACGGUGUACUCUCAGUAACAUUCUCAAGACCUGUGAACGCUAUGGAAUAUCCAUAUGACAGUUCACUUCUUGGAUGUCAGCCAUGGCAGUUCCUGGUCGGUCUUAAUCGUAUGGGUCCUCGUGGUGAGCAGCACCAUCACAUGAUGAGACCAGUACAUCGAACCGUCUGCAUUGAUGAAUGUCGAAUUUAA